AUGGAUCGCAACAACAACCAUUCAUCAUCUACCGGGAGUGUCGAUAGUGAAUCCAUAGCCGACAGUGAAUCCACCCCGCCGCUGGAGUCACGGGAUUCAGAAAGCGUCGCUGCAACACGGACAGAAUCGUGCGAAGCGGAAGAACGGAGGUACGGACUGAGGCCUCGGAAGCUCCAGCGGUCCUCCGCGGCUUGCGGGGACUCCGGGCCAGCGGGCGAGAAGUCCCGGCGCCGCCCCGCGCCGCCCAGCCGGUACCGGCGGAGGGCGGCGAACGCGAGGGAGCGGUCGCGCACCCGCGGCCUGGGGGCGGCGUUCGAGGCGUUGCGGCGCGCGCUGCCGCCCCCCGCGCCGCCGGCAUCGGCAGCGCCGCCCACCAAGGUGGUCGUGCUGCGGCGCGCCCUCCGCUACAUCGCCGCCCUCUCCGCCGCGCUACACGCCGCCCCCAGCCCGCCGCCGCCGCCGCCGCCGCCGCCCACGUCGCUGCAGGCGUCGGGCUGUCAGCAAGGCGCGUCACCUCCCACCUGUCUGCGGUCAUCGGCGCACCCGUCGGACUGCAACCAGCCGCCUUUGUCACUGCCGUCGUUCCUGCACGGAUUCUGA